AUGUACCCCUCUUCCAACAGCAAUGGCUCUAGGGCAUCUUUUUUCGGUAACUACUACAAUGAUACCAACCACUCAAGAACCCCUCAAGAACAUUAUUAUACUCCAUCUUCUUCUUCCUCUUUCCUACUUCCAUCCCCUAAUUACAUUCCUUUAGAAGAUGAAGCUGUCUUUUGUGGGCUCUUCCAACAGCAACAGCUCUUCACCAAUGAUCAUAACUACCACAAUACCAGUGUUCUAGCUCAUGAACAUUCUACUCAUGAGAUGACUACUAAUGUGGAAUCUGCCAUGGGAGAAUGUAGCAACAACAAUGGACAGGUUGCUACGAACGAUAGAGAUGAUGAUCCCUAUGGUUUUAAUACUCACGUGGAGCCUGAAAAUAGCAGUCUAAGGAAGAGAGCUUCCAAAAGAGACCGUCACAGCAAGAUUUACACAGCUCGAGGCCCCAGAGAUCGAAGGAUGAGGUUGUCCCUUGAUGUUGCUAAAAAGUUGUUUGGGUUGCAAGACUUGCUUGAGUUUGAUAAGGCCAGCAAGACGGUCGACUGGCUUCUCACGAAAUCAAAAGCUGCCAUUCAAGAACUCCUUCCUGACCGGAGGUGCAGUUUUAUGGAUGUAUCCAACAGUGCCUCUUCUACUUCAGAAUGCGAGGUUCUGUCCGGAACCGGUGAUCAGUCCAUGGUGAAGACCGGAGAUGAUCAAACAACUGCAAAUAACAAGGCAAAGUCGUCUUCUAGAUGCAGCAAAAAGCAGCAGGAAAAAAUUAAUAGAAUUCGGAGGAGUGCAAAUCUUCAUCACCCUCUUGCUAAAGCAACAAGAGAAAGGGCAAGAGAGAGGGCAAGGGAGAGGACAAUUGAAAAGAGAUAUAAUAUGCUUGUAGUUGGUGGUCAAGAUUCAAAAUUCAGACCAUGUCUAGAUCAGAUUAUGGAUCAAGAUGCUAACUUAUUAGGGUCUUGGAUCCCCUUUGAAGAAAGCCAACAUCAAAGCAUUGUUCAACCCGAUCAGAACAGCUCGCAAUUCCAAUUAAAGAAAGGAUUUGUUGGUGAUAAUUCUUCGCUGAUGAUGGCAGGCAAUUGGAGCCCAUCCUACUUAUUGAACUACCUGCAUAGCACCGGACUAAACGCAUGA